CAAGAACGUUGAUUCCUUAAGUAUGAAAGUGCCCUUGUCCUUCAUGACAGUCGUUCUUCUGAAAAUAAAAGAGGGUAAGGAUGAAUAGCGAUUUCAAAGGGAAUCUCGAAGCAUAAGUUGAGCGGUCCAAUGGUGAAAAUGUCUGACGAUCGAACUGCAAACCCGCCGCCAAUGCAGCCGGUCAUCUUGUCCAUGGAAGUGGACGAUGACGAUUCAUUUGAGAGCGAAUACCGACUGCGAAUCGGAAAUCAAGUCAAAUAUCUCAUCAUCUCUCCUAGAACCUUUGACAGAGAUACACUUUCAUUCCCUAUUCAGUCCCUGCCGCGUCUUCCUUACAACGAGGAAUGGACCGUAGCCCACAUCUCGAGAGACGAAACCAGCGGCGACUUGAAGACUUCCAUCUCAAACCGAACACUAGCUGGCGUCAGAUGUCGAUGGCAUCAUAUUCGGGUUGAUUGUCUGGAGUUGGAGAAGACCAAACAGCUCACGGCGAUGGCUUUCGAAGCCGUCUCACAUUCGAUUCUUCCAAUCGACCUCCUAUCAUCAGCCACUAUAAUCGCCAAAAUAGCCCGUUUCGAGUGGGAGCUGCCUCGUAUCGAACAGGAAACAAGAGCAUAUCAGUUGCUUGAGGGUUCCGGACUGGCCCCUCGCUUCCUUGGUCAUAUCCACGAGAAUGGACGCAUCAUGGGUUUUCUCAUAGAGAAAAUAGAGGGACGCUUUGCCUCCUUUCAAGAUCUGAGCGUCUGCGAAACAGCUCUGGGGAAACUCCACGAAUUGGGACUUAUACAUGGGGAUGUGAACCGAUAUAAUUUUCUCGUCACGGAAGAGGGGGUAAAACUGCUCGACUUUGAACGUCUUCUGCAGAAUGCUCGCCCAGAGUCAAUGCGUAAGGAGUUGGAGCAUUUACGUGCCGAACUGGUUGAUGAGUCAGGACGUGGCGGAGGUUUCAUUUUCCAUGGCGAUAGCAAUUAAUAUUGU